AUGAAUCCCCAGGUAAGAGCUCUCUUUGGGGGGGUCUCCGUUUCAGACUGGCUCCACGCUGCUGCUUUCUCUUUCUCUUUUCAGAGCCCAGAGGAUGGUUCCCAAACCAAAGUCAGCUCCCCAUUUACACUGCUUCCCCGAGCUGACGCCAUUCGCUCCAAGCUGAUCUACACCUUCUACUUGAUUGACCACCUUCAGGGACUGAGCCAUGCCAUCCCACGGCACAAUAUCAAGGAUUUCCUUGACCCCCAGAAGCAGAGGAAGCUGAUGCUCACAGACCAUCACCAGCUGGUUUAUUUCAACAUAACCCCGGUCAGGAACACCAUCAUCACCCCAGAGAAACGCCUACGCAACCGCAUCCAAGUGCGCUGCAGCCGCUGGCCUCCCCUGACCAUGUGGGCAUCCUGGGUCCUGAACAGUACCAUCUUCAAAAGCUUCAUCAUCUGUCUCAUCUUCCUGAACAUGCUGGUUCUUAUGAUCAAGAGCGAGGUGAUGGACAAGAUGGAUGCCAGCCUGGUGAGCCUGAAGCUCACCUUAGAGGUGACCGUCUGGGUCAUCCUCCUCAUUUUUAUCAUGGAGAUUUUGCUGAAUUGGAUUGUCAGUUUCAGAGGCUUCUGGAAAAGCAGCUGGAAUGUCUUCGACUUCAGCGUUACUGUGGUGUCUGUGAUCCCCGAGUUCCUGGACUUCAUUGGCAUAACCAACAAGAUAGCUGCCAUGAGAAUCAUCAGGGCCUUUCGCGUCCUCCGCACCUUAAAGCUCUUCUCCAAAUUCCGGCAAGUUCGGGUGAUCAUCCUGGCAAUAGCAAAGACCUUGAAGGCCAUGACCUUCAUCCUGCUGCUCUUGGUGGUUUUCUUCUACGUGUUUGCCGUGUCUGGCAUCUUCUUCUUCAAGAGCUACAGUCGGUCAGACCGCACCGACCUGGAGUACAGCAUGUAUUUCAGGGAUCUCCCCAACACACUGGUGACACUCUUCAUCCUCUUCACCAUGGAUCACUGGUACGCCCUGCUCCAGGACACCUGGAAGAUACCCGAGAUGAACAAGGUCAUCAGCAGCCUCUACAUCAUCCUCUGGCUGCUGAUUGGAUCCUUCAUGUUCAGGAACUUCUUUGUGGCAAUUAUGGUGACUAAUUUCCAGACUAUCCGGAAUGACCUGGCUGAAGAGGUGAAGCAGAUAGAGGCCCAGAAGAAAGCAGAUUUAUUUAAAAUACAGAUUAGAGACAGGUCUCAAGCCCCAGGCUCAGAGGUGGGCCCAGGAGCAGAGGCAACCUCUAGUGAACCGCAGUCGGAGUACAAGGUGAUAGUGAAGUCGAGCGCGAAGGACUUGGACUGGGAGACAUACAUCCACCAGAACCUGCAGAGCCUGGUGGCGGUAAAUGAGGAUGGGCAGGUGGUGUGGCCCAGCGACUCCCUCUUCCGCUACUUCGAACUGCUGGAGCAGCUGCAGCACAACCUGGAAGAGCGCAAGAGGCUGCAGCAUUAUGCAGUCAUGGCCUUAUUGAACAUGGAGGACAAGUAG